AUGGAUCCGAGGCCUUUCUUGGCCGUGGCGACGCUGCUGGUGCUGUCGGCGUCGGCGGCCUCCGGCAACGUUGCGUUCCAGGUGCAUAGUAAGCUCAAGGGCCGCGAGAGGUCCCUCAGCGCCUUAAGGGAGCACGAUUCCCGCCGCCACGGCAGGCUGCUGUCCGCCGUCGACUUCCACCUGGGCGGCAACGGCAACCCCUCAGACACCGGGUUGUACUAUGCGAAAAUUGGACUGGGGAGUCCUUCCAAGGAUUAUUACGUGCAAGUCGACACCGGUAGUGAUAUCUUGUGGGUGAGCUGCGCUGGCUGCGACAGGUGCCCCACCAAGAGCAGUCUUGGGAUAAAGCUCGAAGCUUAUGAUCCGAAGAGCUCGUCCACUGCGAGCACAGUCAAGUGUGAUCAGGAGUACUGUAUUUACGCAAACAACGGUGAAUUACCUGGUUGCAAGUCCGAUUUGCUUUGCCAAUAUAAUGUCGUUUAUGGAGACGGGAGCUCUACUACCGGGUACUAUGUUAAGGAUCAGAUGCGCUUGGAUCGAGUGACUGGGAAUCUCCAAUCAUCAUGGACUAAUGCAAGUGUUAUAUUUGGGUGUGCGAACAAACAAUCGGGGGAUUUGGGCUCAGGCGAAGACUCUGCAGCUCUCUCUGGUCUUAUGGGUUUCGGGCAGUCAAACACUUCCGUGCUUUCUCAGCUCGCUUCAGCAGGAAAGGUGAAGAAGAUUUUUGCUCACUGCUUGGACAGCAAACAAGGUGGUGGAAUCUUCACCAUUGGGGAAGUCGUAGAGCCGAAAGUUAAAACCACUGCGUUGGUACCUAAUCAGUCGCAUUACAAUGUUGUCAUGAAGGCCAUUGAGGUUGGUGGCGAGGCAAUACAGCUUGGUACGGGUAUACUAGGCCUGUUCGAUGAUGAGAAACACGCAAUUAUCGACAGCGGCACAACCUUGGUCUAUCUCCCUGGGGACAUUUAUGAUUCACUGAUGAGCAAGAUUUUGGCAAAGCAGUCUGGACUAAAAUUACAUACUGUUGAUGAGCAGUUUACCUGUUUCGAAUUCUCUGAGGAUGUGGAUGAUGGGUUUCCUGCUGUCAAGUUUCAGUUUGCUGGUUCCCUUGAUUUGACCGCAUAUCCUCACGAUUAUUUGUUCCCAAUCAGUGAUAACAAGUGGUGCUUUGGUUGGAUGAGCAGUUCAAUGCAGUCUAAGGGAAAGGACGUGAUCCUUUUGGGAGAUUUGGUGCUUUCGAACAAGCUGGUUGUGUACGACUUGGUGAAUCAGACUGUUGGCUGGGUAGAUUUUAACUGUUCAUCGAGCAUUAAAGUGAAGGACGAGGAAUCCGGCGCGACAUAUGCUGUUGGCGCCCAUGACCUGAGUUCGCGUGCGGCUCAGGUGGUCGGAAGAACAUUUACGUGGCUCCUGUUGAUACCUGCCAUCUUGUACAGCCUCCCAUCGUAGUCCUAUUAUUCAGAAGUUUCACGGUGGCCACGGGGAGAAGAGAUAACAAUAAUGGCCGAUGAUGGACUAUGAAUUUUGUGCAGAGAGACAAGAGAUGAGCUAAUUCAUUAUUUUUUUUUUAGUUUUCCUUUUUAAUUUAUAGGAAUACUCAUUGUUGAAAUAAAAAUUAAAAAAUGCUUAUUUUUGUGGAA